CUGCACUGAACCAACCUGACCAAACCCGAUUUACAGUCGGACAAAUUAGCAUUAUAUUAACCGGCCCAUCUAUAACCCGAUUUGUUUUAUUUCAACCGCUUUUCUCCUUUACAAAAACUCUAGGGUUUAGAUUCUGUCUUUCGCAGUUUGUCCAGAUUCUGCACAGAUGAAGAAGAAGAAGCAGAAUGCUGUCAGUGAGCCCAGUUGUGAUACUGAUGUGAAGUCUCUCAUUCAUGAGAACUCUGUGUUCUUUGACAAGUUGAUUGAGCUUAUCCCUCCUAAGUUCUAUCUACCAGUUGACGAUACGGAUAAGAAAUGGUUCCAGGGCCUUAGCAAGGAUGAAAAAGCACUUGCAAAGAAAGAGUCAAGAGAAAAUAUUAAGAAAGCAAGGAGAGAUCGUUUAGAUCCAGAAAAGUCUUCCACAACUACCCUAAAUUUGCUCAUGCAAAACUUGGAGAAGGAAAAAUCAAAUAAUGAGAGUGAUGAUGAGGAAGAAGUGGAGGUUCAUCCAAUAAUGUCUGGUUUACAAGAAGAUGGUGAAAAAUCAGCAACUUAUGAAGAACUGCGGCAGCGACUUCGUCGCAAAAUUGAAGAGCUUCGAGGAGGCCGCAAUACUGGUGGCUCAGAUAAGGUAAAGAGGAAAAAUGAGAAGGGAGUAAUUCAGCAAAAGAAACGCAAGAGGGAUUCAGAGUCUGAUGAUAAGAAACCUACAUUGAAGGAAUCAAAGGAAAAUGUGGAGAAGGAUGUAGCUGAGGCUGCAAAAGAACUCAAAUUUAGUCACGUUAAGCUUGGGAGUGAAGAAGAACAUGGAAAGAAGAAGAAGAGGAAACUUUCGAAAAUGAAGGAACUUGAGAAGGCAAAACAAUUAGAGGAAGCUAAGAAGGACCCAGAGAAAGGACAUAUUAUCACGGAGAAGCAUUCAUGGAAAGCAGCAACCGAUAGAGCUGCAGGGGUUAAGGUUCAUGAUAAUCCAAAGCUGUUGAAUCAGAGCCUAAAGAAGGAGAAGAAGAGGCAACAAAAGAACGCAGAGAAAUGGAAGGAGAGACUUGAAACCCAACAAAAAAUGAAAGCAGAAAAACAGCAGAAAAGAUCACAAAACAUAGCUGAUAGAAUUCAUAAGAAAAAGAUGAAUAAAAUUGCAAAGAGAGAGAAAAAGCUCUUGCGGCCAGGAUUUGAAGGUCGCAAGGAAGGUUAUGUCAAUGAAGCUUCAAAUGAAGGUGGUUCAGGCUAGAAAUUUUUAUUUGUAAUUUCUUAUUCUUAGAAUAGUGUUGGCUUUUAUCUUGAUAUUGAUAGCCAAAAAGAAAAGUCAUGUUUUAGUAACCCUGUUCUUCAAUUCCCUACUAUUUCUUUCUUUUUUGCCAUUACCACCGGAUACAAUAGUUGUUCAAAUAUUGAUAUUUGGUUGCAAUGAUGAAAGCGGAUGUUAUUGUCAGCUUUA